AUGAAGGUGAACCCAAGUGUUGGUCGCAUUUCGAAAAGAAAAGCGUCGGUUUUGUCGAAUUCACGAGAAUGCAAGGACAAUUCGCAGUCGACUCCGUCGGUGAAUCUUCGUGCUUUCACGAUAUUUAACAUGGAGGAAUACGACGUUCGUUUAACAAAUCAUUCUGAGGCCAUGCUAGGCCGAGUGAAUGAUUUGCGAAACUUAGAUUGUUUUGCGGAUGUGUUGUUGUGUUGCGGUGAUCAAAUCUUGCGAGCUCACAAAGUGAUCCUUGCGUCCAGCAGUGGUUAUUGGGACUCCGUGUUCCGCCGGCUUCCACCUGAAGCUUCUGUGCGGUAUCCGAUCAUUGUUAUGCCGGACACGGCUGUCGAGGUCCUUCAGCUCAUGUUGGAAUUCAUCUACCUUGGACAAGUCAGUGUGACCAGUGAGCAAAUGCCCGACUUCAUGGCGCUUGCGGAAAGGCUUCAGAUUCAUGGCUUGGUGGACGCCAAGAUGCCGAAGCUUGCCUCAAAUGCGUCUGCCAAGAAAGACGUGAAGAACGAAUGCUGGAUGGAGGAUGAUGCGUCGGAGCUUGCACCUGAAGAUGAGGAUUGUGAAGAUAAGUUGGAAAUCAAAGGAGAAGCAGCGGAAGAGCUUGCAGCAAGUCCAACUAAUGUCAAAGGAGAUCUCAUUGACGGAGAGGAUGUAAAUAGUAACGGGAUCGAAGUUAGUAUCCCGGAGGCAAUUUCUCCUGACGACGAAAUCAAGCGAGUCACCAAAUACAUGUGGAAGGGGACGGGUGUGGCAACAAAGGCUCCAACCUAUUUUUGUGCUGUCUGUGGUUUCUCCUCACCGUGGAGUAAAGUCGCAAGAGAUCAUCAAAGGAUACACACGGGUGAAAGGCCGUAUUCUUGCACCACUUGCGGCAGAAAAUUCUCCGUUCGCAGCAACCUCCGGAGGCACCUCCGCAACAUCCAUAACAUCGAUACUCAACCUGUUGCGGGCGAGCAGAAUGGGAAAACGCCAGUCCAAGUGACGAAUUUGCUGAUCGGACGUAAUCGAAAAUGUUGUUGGACAGCAGUUGUCAAGCGUUACUUCCAUGGAAUGAACAUUUUGGAAUUCGCUAGGAACGCAAAAUUUGUCCCUGCGAUUGGGAAUUCGUGUCCUGGAGCCUUCAGUUGGACGGCGAUGACGAUGCCCGUUUGUUCGAUCUUGAGGGCUGCUUGCUACGACUGUGUUCGCAUAUGCCACGAGUGAUCUACGAUGAAUCGUUCGCAAGAAGAUGAUGCCUUCAUGUGAAUGAAUUGGCUUAUAAUCAUAAAUAUGUACUUUUUUACACUGUCGUCAGUUCAGGUGGCCGUGACAAAAAAUUCAAAGAGGAAGAUUCAAAAACCUGCAUCUCCGGCGAUUAUGAGCAAUAAACGUUCGAAAAGAAGGGACACUGCGUGAGUUCA